UGUAUUUGUAGUUGGGGAAGAGAUCGUACUGAGUAGAGGGGAGGAGUUUUGCUCGAUAGUGCAGGAUGGAGUUUCAAUAUUAAUAAGCUGCAAACUCCAAUCCGUAAUAUCCCUUUGAAUUUGCACUAUUAACUAGAUAACUAUAAAAUACGGGAUUUGUCAGCAUUUUGUAAAACUCCACCCUCCAAAAAACUCUCCAACUAUGGAUCUUAUCCUUAUUUAGAACAAUGGCAAAGAAGGAUGGCAAUCGAGAAGAAGAAAUCUCCCAGAUGGAAGAAGGCAAUAUCCAUGCAGCCUCCCAGUCCGAUUCCAAUGUCGGAUUUUGUUCAUCCGUUUCUGUCGUUGUCAUCGCACAAAAGUUGAUAGCGGAGGCUAUAGGGACGUACUUUGUAAUAUUUGCAGGGUGUGGAUCAGUUGCAGUGAAUAAGAUCUAUGGGAGCGUUACGUUUCCUGGGAUAUGUGUGACAUGGGGACUAAUCGUGAUGGUGAUGGUUUAUACCGUGGGACAUAUAUCAGGAGCUCAUUUUAAUCCUGCUGUCACUAUUACUUUCAGCAUCUUCGGCCGCUUCCCGUGGAAACAAGUACCUUUGUACAUAAUAGCUCAACUAAUGGGUUCGAUUUUGGCCAGUGGAACUCUGGCUCUAUUGUUUGACGUAACUCCUCAAGCUUAUUUUGGUACUGUUCCAGUUGGAUCUAAUGGCCAAUCACUUGCUAUCGAAAUCAUCAUUUCUUUCCUUCUCAUGUUUGUCAUUUCUGGCGUUGCUACAGAUGAUAGAGCAAUUGGACAGGUUGCUGGAAUAGCAGUAGGAAUGACCAUAACUUUGAAUGUGUUUGUAGCAGGGCCAAUUUCAGGAGCAUCAAUGAAUCCAGCAAGAAGCAUUGGUCCAGCAAUAGUGAAGCAUGUUUAUACAGGUCUUUGGGUAUAUGUAGUUGGUCCAAUCAUCGGAACACUAGCCGGAGCAUUUGUGUAUAACUUGAUUCGGUCCACAGACAAACCACUUCGUGAGUUGGCCAAAAGUGCAUCAUCUCUUCGAAGUUGAGACCAAAUUCAAUAUAUUUAACCCAACUUUUUAGGCCAUCCACUUUUAACGUUCCAGUUUUAUCAAAUGUCCCAAAUCCUACAUCUUUUAGGCGAUGCCAAGAACAUAAGUAUUGGAGUAUUGCUAUUUUUGCUGCAAUUUGCUUUAAGUUACAACAUUUUUUUUUUCAAUAACCAUCUCUCUUUGGCGUCGACCCCCAUAAGUAAACUGAUGAUAUGUAGAUAGAGCUAGGGUUUGCGAAUGUUGAAAAACACAUGUAUAUAAUUUUUUGAAAUCUAAUAGGAAAAUAAAUGUAAAUAUAUGUUCGUUUCAACUUGAAAAAGAUCCUUUUAUUA